CAUCCGCCAAUCAGCGCCGGGUCGCCGAAGCUUCAUUCUGUUCGGUGCGCUUCUUCUUUGCGUCCAGGAUGAGUAACGAGGAGUGCGGGCAGGUGCAGGGCAGUGAAUCUGAUGGUACUUCUGAGGAUGACAAAGGUAACGACAGUUCCAGCAGUGACUCAGAGAGCUCCGAAAGCGAGUCUGAGACAAAUGAAAAUGAAUCACUUGAGGAAGCAGAAGAGAAAGAGUUACAGCUAUAUUGUAGCGAAUCAGUUGAAAAACCAGAAGAAAAAGAGUUCCCGAAUGGUGGCGAAUCUGAAGUUAACAUCCAGCAAUGCUGUAAACAUUGCAUAAUUCAAAAAAAGCAACAUGAACAAGUCACUCCCAGAAGAUUUCUGAAAGGACAGUUUUGCUUGAAGUUGGAUGGUGAAGGAACUUUUGAAUGUACAGCAACAGGGUUAAUUUUUGAAGUAACCAGAGCUGUCACCAUUGAAUAUUCAGUUUUGUCUUGGACCAAAUAUGCUGCUUAUGUUAAAGAUCCUUGGAUUGUUGUGGGCCCUAUAUUUGAUAUCAAAUGUACUUCUUCCGUUCUUACUUCCAUUCAGUUUCCACACACCCUCUGCCUGAAUGAUCAUUUGUCUGAGAAGGCCUUCAAAGUAUUCCAUUUCAAAAAGAAUGGUCCGGAAUUUGAAGGCUCCAUUGAUCAUUCAACCACCCAUGUCAAAUGGCACGUGAGCUCACUGUCUCCAGUUGGACCAGUAAUUGAGAGAUAUGAUCCAGUUUAUUAUCAUGGGGUAGUCAUUUUAUAUAAAGUUAUCAACAAUCAUCCUUCCUUGAAAUUCCGUGUGUAUAUAGCUACAAAUAACAAUUCAUUUAUAAAGGAUAUAUCCAAAACUGUAAGACGAUCUCUUAAUAAAUUCAUUAAAAUUGAAAAGCCUCCUUGUCAUAAAUUACUGCAAAAUGGAAAGAAAUACAGAUUAACUAGUGAUCCGGAAGCUGACAUAACCCCUGAGGAAAUUCAGUUUGGAGAUGACUCCACCCUGGCAGAGAAGCCUUUCUUUGAGGUAUAUUUAGAACAGCCAAUGGAACUUAUGUUAUCUUUGGUGGAUUUGGAGUCUGAAGAAGUUGUGUGGAAGGCAAAGCUCAGAGAAUCCGAUUGGACUCUACAUAACCAGAAUGAUAAUGAGCAGGAAAAAUCUUUUAACUGUGUUGGGAAACGAAAAGCUACCACCAAACUUAAAGAUGAACUUUGCUGUAAGCGACAAAAAAUGGUAGACAUUUCAGAUGGAACAAACAGUAAUCACGUGUUAACAGAUCAUCAGCUGAUGAUUCUUGCAAUGAAAAUGGGUAAAGACUGGAAAGUCAUUGGUAUUGGAUGCCUGAAGUUGACCUUGCAAGAUAUCGAACAGAUUGAGGCAAAGGAAGAAGAUGUCAAUAUGUAUAAAUGUAUGAUGCUGCGGAAGUGGAGAGAUUCCGAACAGAAUAAUGGAACAGCCCAUCAUUUAUAUAAAUGUCUUGAUGGUCAGGCAUCCCACGAGGUGCUAGAAAUCCUGAAAGGUUUUUUUGCAGCAAACGUGAGUUAAUAUGGAAACAACUUCAAACAGAAAUAUUGGGAAUAUUCUUUUGCAAAUUUUCCAGUUGCCUAAAAGGAAUUUUGUUGUGAACUUAGCAACACUUUAAAAUUAACAAAAGAAAAUGAUGGACCGAUUAUUGAAACUCUGGAUUCAAUAUGGUUUGGGAAGGAAGCAAAAUGAGGGGAAUCGUGAACUUCUGUAAAGGCAUUUCCCUCUACAUUUUACUUACAGGUUCCCAGAGACAUUUGCACAAUCAACAACUCCAUCACACCCAGGAGAACUGGUGCUUUCCCAAAAUGUUUUCAGUUUGUUUGUUUGGAUUAGGUGGGAUCUUCUCUUUCUGCCUUUCUUUUCCACACACAUAUGAAAAUCAUCAAUCUGGCAUAGUGUUGCAAAGGCACUUUCUAACUGUGCAUGCCCGAAAAUAGAAGCAUUCAUUACAGAACAUUCAUCAAAUGUUCUCAUUCUAAAUUCUAUCCCUACUGUAGCUUUCAGACCAUUUUCUGGCUAUCAGGCUUAGAAAUGAAAUUUCUGGUCCCUUGCAACAUGUUUGGUUUCAGUUAAUGUAAUAAACAAAACUUAGGGUUCCUCAAAAGUUUAUUAGGGAUUCCUCAGUGAGACAACUAAUAAUGCAAUAUUUGUUUCUUGGAAGAUAUUGUGGUUGUCCUAAAAUUCUUCUGCAGGAUGCAACUGAAGGGAUGUUGGAUGCAUUUUACUUUUUCUGUGGUAUUUAAAUCACUCAUGGACCUUGUUCCAUAGUUUUUAUUUAGAGGGCUGGCAAAAUAUUUAGAAAUCCCCUGCUUUUUUGUUCAAAAGUAUAUUAAAGCAGUUCAAAAUUUCUGUGAAAAAACACUGAUCUUCAGAGGAUUUAUAUAUAUAGAAUGAUACCAAUUUGCAUAAAUAAUUCCUGUUUUAAAUGGCAGUUUGGUUUUAGUGGGAGGUGAGAAGCAUUGAUGAACUCCAAUUGUCAAAAUACAGGAAAUACUUAGCCAUUAUUUCUCCUGAAAAUGUUAGCUUGUUCCUCAUUUUGUAGUUUUGUGAGUAUCUUAUGCAUUCUUAACAUAGUGACUGCCAUGCUAAACCUAGCCUAAUUGAAAUUAACCCCAUUUUCAAGAAGACAAGCAAUUGACCCUAGGCUAAAAGAAAAUCAGUUUCUCUAAGGAACUAAAAAACAAGGUGUAGGUGAAAUCUGAACUAACACAAAAUCAAUCUUUUUAAAUCCACAGAUUUUAUUUCAGCUCUCAUUUUGUAAGUAACUCCUCUGAUGAUGUUCAGAGAAAAAUGACUUAGGCAAGAAACUGAAGACCAGCUAUCUGGUUUCAGGGCUAAAUGAUACUGCUUUUGUGAACCAUGUUGAAAUAGAAAAGAUAUAAAACACCAAACAAAUAGAAAAACAAAUGCCCAGGUAAAAUGGAUAGAGAAUAACUCUAUUACUACUUACCUCCUUUUAAAAUCUGAGGAGUGUCCAUGAUGCCCUUUUUUUUUUUUUUUGCCUUUCCUGUAUGGCCAAGAAUGUUUAAGUGAACUGUUGUUAGGGUAGCCAAAGCUGGACUGCAAAAUUUCAGGAACUAUUAAAAUGGUAUAAAGAGAGACAAAAGACAAAACUAACUCUUUGCUGAUAUCUAGUGAUUGCUUGGAUUUUUGCAGUCUAGAUACAGUGAUCUUAAUUCUCGGGCCAUAUUUGCACAGCACUAUUAUAAGCUACUUUGGAUAUAAAAACAUUAUGGGAGAUUUUCCAUCACACCAAUACGCUUUUGUCAUGUUUUAACAUUUUCAACAAAAAUCAGGAAUUCCAGAACUUGGCCUAGAGCAGGGGUAGGCAAUCUUGGCUCUUUUAUGACUUGUGGACUUCCUCUGGGAGUUGAAGUCCACAAGUCAUAAAAGAGCCAAGGUUGCCUAUCCCUGGCCUAAAGCAUUAUGUUGGAAACCUUAGGAAUGUCUGAAUGAAGAUGAGGACUAAAACCUAUUUGAAAGCACACAAUUUUUCACUCCAUAAUCCAAAAGCAUUUUACAAAUACUUUUGUAGAAUUAUAUGUAUACAGAUUUGCUAUUUAUUUAGCUAUAUUUUUCCAAAAGUUUCCCUGUAUUAGUGGAUACAUUUGAUGAUAUAAUUUAUCACCCCCCCAGUAAUGUAGGAAAUCCACCUCUCAAUGAAACUUUGGCCCUAAAAAUUAAUUUUGUAAUCACAAAAGUAUAUUUUGCCAUGUAAAACUGGCAUCAAAUUCCGUAAGAUACCUCAGAUUUUUUUUUAAAAAAAUCUUUUUUAAUGUAGCAUUGGAUUUAAUUUCAGAACUGUAGAUAGAAUGUAUAUAUUGGUGCAUAAAUAUUUCUUGUGAUAGAAAUUUUUUUGAUGAGAUGUUGAUUUAAAUAGAUUGUAUUUUGUAUUUCUUUUAUAAUUCAUUAAAAUUAAAUACAUGUACAUGCCA